GUCAUCAAACUGCAUCCUACCCGGAAGAGACGUGGCAACAGCGGACUCAGCCUCAAUAGGAGCCUUGAAGCACCAUGGGGCUGUGUAAAUGCCCCAAAAGGAAAGUCACCAACCUUUUCUGUUUUGAGCACCGGGUGAAUGUCUGUGAGAGCUGCCUCGUCGCAAACCAUUCCAAGUGCAUUGUUCAGUCCUAUCUCCAGUGGCUUCAGGACAGUGAUUACAACCCCAACUGUCGUCUUUGCAACACCCUCCUGUCCACCAAAGAUACUGCCCGGCUUGUGUGUUAUGAUCUGUUUCACUGGUCAUGUCUCAAUGAGAUGGCAAACCAGCUCCCAAAGAACACGGCCCCAGCUGGCUACCAGUGUCCCAGCUGCAAGGGUCCGAUCUUCCCCCCAGCCAACCUGGUCAGUCCGGUGGCCUCAGUGUUACGAGAGAAACUGUCGACUGUGAACUGGGCUCGGGCCGGGCUUGGGCUGCCACUGAUUGAUGAGGCUGAUACCAUACAAGAGACAGAGUCGCCUGAUACCACAGAUUACACUGACUGGUCUAGCUUCUCUGCAGCAACUGCAGGCCCCAACUCAGAGGAGACCAUCCAGCAAAGUGCCCUGUCGGCCUAUUCCUACAGUGCUCCGCCCGGCCUGUCUUCCCCACAGCAGCAGCAGGGCGUGAACAAUGGGGGCGUGAAGGAGGAGCAUUCAGUCAUCGACAUGGGGAAUGCUAGCAACGAGACCAUCACCAUCAAUGCAGCCUCUACACCACGGAAGGUCUACGACACCCGGGAGGGUGGGGGCGGCAGCAGGGCAUCCGGCACCCAAAUCGACUGUGAUGAGGACAAGUACCGCCGGCGGCCAACGCUCAGUUGGUUCGCGCAGCUUCUGAAGAAUCGCUCUGGGUCCAAGAAGCGGCAGCCAAGAUCCCUGAUGCAGCGGUUUGUCAUCAUCCUCCUGAUUGGCGGCAUCGGCUUCCUAACCCUGAUCAUCAUCAUGUCAAAGCUGGGCCGGGCCUCGGCCGACAAUGACCCCAACCUGGACCCCAUGUUCAACCCCCACAUCCGGGUGGGCCAGGAAUGAACUGAGCUGGUGGCUCCUCCCUGGGCACCAAGAAUGGCCUGCCAAGGCAGGGAUGCUGGGGACUGGCAGCUGCAAGUGGGGCUCUGGGGGGAGUACAAGGGGAAGCCCCCAGCCAGGACACUGCUGGGUCAGCUCAGCUGAGAGUCAAAACAUGAAACUGAUGAGGGGGGGUGUGAAGUGACUUUGGCCUCUUUUAAAAAUGAGACUUAAAUAAAUCUCUAGGUGGGGUGGGCAGAGCAGGAUUGGGAGGAAAGGGGAGGCUUGUACAGCUGUGGAUUGGGGCCCCCGAGAUGGGCUGGAAUGAGCCCUCUGGUCGCAAAGUGCUCCAGCUGAGAAUCCUUUCCACUGUAGCUGUUCAGCUUUGGAAUGGGCCAGGCAAGAGGAAAGUGUCUGGUGAUCGGGGAGGGCUUGUGCUGCUAGUGCGAGUGUGUCCAAGGACGGGCAAGUGAGAGGCAGCACAGGAAUGGAAGCCUGGACUCCUGGGUUCCGUUGCCAGCCCACAAGGAUUUAUUGGUCCGAGCAGGGAGAUGGGGAGCCAGGGUUCCUGAGUUCUGUUCCCACUGCUGCUGACCCUGUUGUUCAGUCUCAGGUGAGUCACUUCCCAGCCCCAUGCCUCAGUUUCUCCACUCUGUAACUAGCAAUGCUGCUGGUGGUGUGUGUGCAGGGAAAUUGGGCAUUUCCAUUCCUGCCUGCAGAAAAGCUGGGUGGUAGCAGCACUGAAGGGCAAACGUCCCACACCUUGGAAGCGUGAACUCCAUGGCAUUACAGCCGUGCCCCCCUGAAACUGGUAUCUGGCUCCUUAAACCCUGGGCUUGAAUGCCCUUCCCCUAGGAGCCUCUCAACUGUCCAUCACUUGGAACUUGCCAACCCAGUAUGUCUCAGUGGGUGAGAACACAAUUGUCUGAAUGCAGGUGUUUGAAAGGGUUCAGGGCUCUUUUGUUCCCCUUUCCCAUUCUCUAAUCCUGGGCAGCCUCUGCUUCCUCAGAGGUGCCUUGUAAAACCCAUCCCAUAUUUGAUGGACCAAUUCCUGUAGCCUCAAAACACUUCAGAGCUCUCUGAUUCUAAGCCCAUCUGCUACGUUAAGCCACCUUGUGCUUUAUUGACCCUUGUCCCCAAAACCCCUUUGCCCCGAGGAGGGAGAUGUAAUUAUUUUCCUGGUCUCAACUAGAUGGGAGACAGCGGAUCUGUUUGACACAGCCAGCUGCUGGGACUUUUGAGGGAGGCCUGUUCCAACAGAAACCUCCUUUCCUGCCUGGGGAUGGGGCAGGAUUGCAGCCCCACCCACAGACCACACAUAAAACUGCCCUUCUGCUUUGCUGGGAAUGGGAGUGGUACAGAAUCUUCCAUUAUCCCUCUGCUCCCACACAUCCUUUGGGGGUUCAAAUGGAACGGACACUGGAUCCCAACCCUCUCCCUGCCACACACACACACGUUUUAGUUUUGCAAAUGCAGCUCAAACCAAAUGACAGUAACCAGCCCCUUGUCGCAUCCUCAUUUGCCCUCCCUCCUACUGAGCUAUAUUGGGGGGGCGGGGGAGGUAUAACUUA